CGUCAUCGCGCUUUUUUGUCGCCUUUCUCCCUCGUCCCCAUCCUUCGCGGCGCUUCUCCAGCCCUCCCCCUCCCCUCCCCAACCGACCCCGCCCGGCCCUCCGCUCGCUGCACCGGCCCUGCCCUCCCGUCAGCACAGUAUGGCGACCACGGCCGCCCGCAUAGGCGGGCCCGGCUCGCGGGUCCUGCUGGUGCUGAUGCUGGCAGCUGCCGCCCUGCUGGCAGCCAUCGCCCUGCCGACCCGCGUCCAUGCGCUGGAUAUCUUGCCAACCGUCAUGUUCCAGGGCCGUGGCUUCUUCGACAUGCCCGAGGAAUACCUCCAGCUGGAGGCCCUGCCCGUGUCCUUCACGGAAAGCGGCAAGAUCGACUACCACAGCCCGGCCUUCUACUACCUGCAAAAGGGCGUCCUCUACCGGAUGUCCGACAAGGGCCUCCACGAGCCGCUGCACUUCCUGGGCGAGCACCUCCGGCAUGUGAGCAUGGUGUAUUCGGAGAAGCACCAGCGCCUCGGCCUGGCGCUGCUGACCCACACGCUGGCCGGCGACGAGAGCGCCUCCCCCUGGGCCUCGGUCAAAGAGCACAUCACCGAGCAGCUGGUCAUCUUCAACUAUGCGCUGGUUCUGCCGCGGGCCCUGGAGCACCUGCCCUAUCGCGUGGCCCUGGUGGGGCAUGGCGAUGGGUCCUUCCAGGCGCUGCACUAUCUCCCAGCCGAGGUGGACUGCUCGGACUUGAACACCCUGCGGCUGGGCCAUGUGGCCAAUGUCCAGCUGGAGAGCGGGGCCCUGCCCCUGGCGGCGGUUGUCCACGCGUCCAAGUCCUCCUCCGUGGUGAUGGUCCAUGAUCCUUUGGCAAUCGAAAAGCGUGAAGUCCAGUCCCUGAACGGGCUGGACUUCGUGGACCCCCAUGCGUCGCUGGUGUCCGGGGAUUUCAAUGGCGAUGGCCAUGCCGAUCUCCUGGUGCUGGAUUCCAAUCGGCUGAUGAUGCUGCUGGGCCCGGAGUGGCGCGAGCCCAUGCGCUUGCAGCUGCCGCGCGAGCCCUGCCCGGACAUGUGGACCCCCCUGCCGGAGGAGCCCUGGCAGGAGGGUGCCCACCGGGAUGACGACCUGGUCUUCCCGCUGGCCACCCAGCUGGCGACCUUCCGGCUGCCGCAGCAUUCCUUCGACGAGGUGCUGCUGGUCCAUGGGGAUGCGGUGUCGGUGCUGGGCCUCCAAAGCAUGACGGAGCCGCCGCACUUCGGCCUGCACACCAUGCGGGGCUGUCCGCUGGACAGCACCCGGCCCCCGCGAAUGCCCCUCUCCUGCGAGGAGGUCCCCGAGAAGAAGGAGCCCGUGCACCAGGGCGUCGUGCGGAUUUUGCCCUUUGAACGGGAGCGGCAGAUCGUCUUCAUCGACAGCCCGGGCAUGGUGCCCAUCGACAGGACGAGGCCCAUCCGGCUGGACCUCAUCCCCGUUCCGAUGGAGGAGUUAUGUCCCUUCACCUUCAACCAUUACUGCGACUGCGCCGAGGGCAGGCUGAGUGUCCGGUUUGCCUGUGACACCUGCGCCCCGGGCUUCUAUGACAGGUAUGUCAUCUCGCCCGAGCUGGCGGCCUUCCCCUGGCCGGAGUGCGAUCGCUGCACGAGCCCGGGCUGCGCGUCCUGCCAGCCGGGGCAGCUGCGAGGCGACCCGGAGCUGUGCUUCAGCUGCAUCGAGCCGUACGCCCUGUACAAUGACUCCUGCCUGGCCACCUGUCCGCAGGGCAUGUACAACUUGAGGGGCAUUUGCACCAGGUGCCCGAAGCCCUGCACCCAGUGCGAUGGGUCUCGCUGCCUUGCCUGCGCGGAUGGGCUCCUCCCCCAGGAUCGCGAGUGUGUGGCCGAAUGCUCCCGCGGGUACACGCUGAAUGUGAAGACCAAGAUGUGCGUGCAGUGCACGCUGCCCUGCUUGGAGUGCUCCGGCCAGCCGGACAAUUGCCUCUCCUGCCGCGACAACUACCUCCUCCAGGAGGGCCGCUGCGUGUCGACCUGCUCGUCGGGCUACAUGCCGGAGGGUGGCAAGCGCUGUGUCCGGUGCGAUGGCAACUGCCUGGAGUGCCGGGAGAUCCGGCAAUUCUGCAUCGCCUGCCAGACGGGCCUGCUCCUGCAGGAUGGGACCUGUGUGGAUACCUGCUCGCCGGGGUACUUCCGGCUGGAUGGCAACUGCCUCCCGUGCGAUGCCACUUGUGCCCAGUGCGCCGGUGCCCGUAGCACCUGCACCGACUGCCCGGUGGGCCGACUGCUGGAGGGCAGCCGCUGCGUGAGUGCCUGCUCGGCCGGGCGCUUUGCCAGCGAUGGCAAGUGCUUGCCCUGCAAUGCCAGCUGCACCACAUGCAGCGGCAGCGCCGGCGCCUGUACCGGCUGCCCGGCCGGGCAGUACCUGCAGGGCAGCACCUGCGUGGCCGCCUGCUCGGCCGGCCACUUCCAGAGCGGCACCAGCUGCCUGGCCUGCGAUAGCAGCUGCAAGACCUGCAGCGGCAGUGCCACUGCCUGCACCGCCUGCCCAACUGGCCGGUACCUGCAGGGCAGCGCCUGUGUGGCCGCCUGCUCGGCCGGCUACUUCCAGAGCGGGACCAGCUGCCUGCCCUGUGACGCCGCUUGUGCCACCUGUGUCACCAGCGCCGGCAACUGCACCAGCUGCCCGGCCGGCCGCACCCACUUCCAGAGCGGCAGCAGCUGCCUGGCCUGCAAUGCCAGCUGCGCCACUUGCAGCGGCAGCGCCACUGCCUGCACCGCCUGCCCAACUGGCCGGUACCUGCAGGGCAGCGCCUGCGUGACCGCCUGCGCCAGCACCCACUUCCAGAGCGGCAGCAACUGCCUGCCCUGCAGCAGCAACUGUGCCACGUGCGCCACCAGUGCCAGCAAUUGCACUUCCUGCCCAUCCGGUCAGCUGCUGGAGGCCGGCCAGUGUGUGUCGGCCUGUUCAAGUACCCACUUCGCGAGUGGCACCAGCUGCCUGGCCUGCGGCAGCAGCUGUGCCACCUGUGUCACCAGUGCCGAUAACUGCACCAGCUGCCCCUCCGGCCGGUACCUGCAGGGCAGCGCCUGCGUGGCGUCCUGUUCGGCCGGCUACUUCCAGAGCGGCAGCAGCUGUCUGGCCUGCAGCAGCGCCUGCAAGACCUGCGCCGGCAGUGCGACCGCCUGCACCGCCUGCCCGAAUGGCCGGUACCUGCAGGGCAGCGCCUGUGUGUCGGCCUGCGCGAGCAACCGUUUCCUGAGCGGUAGCGAGUGUCUGCCCUGCAGCAACAACUGUGCCACGUGUGCCACCAGCGCCGGCAACUGCACCAGCUGCCCCUCCGGCCAGUACCUGCAGGGCGGCGCCUGUGUGUCCGACUGCGCCGACGGCCACUGCGCCACAUGCACCGGCAGCGCCACCACCUGCACCGGCUGCCCCUCCAGCCGGUACCUGCAGGGCGGCUCCUGCGUGGCCGCCUGCUCGGCCGGCUACUUCCUGAAUGGCAGCAACUGCCUGGCCUGUAGCAGCGCCUGCAAGACCUGCGCCGGCAGUGCCACCGCCUGCACUUCCUGCCCGGCCGGGCAGUACCUGCAGGGCAGCGCCUGCGUGACCGCCUGUGCGAGCACCCACUUCCAGAGCGGCAGCAGCUGCCUACCCUGCGAUGCCAACUGCAAGACCUGCAGCGGCAGCGCCGGCAACUGCACCGGCUGCCCAUCCGGCGAGUACCUGCAGGGCGGCGCCUGCGUGGCCGCCUGCUCGGCCGGCUUCUAUGCCAAUGGCAGCAACUGCCUGCCCUGCAAUGCCAGCUGCGCCACUUGCAGCGGCAGCGCCGGCAACUGCACCGCCUGCCCGUCCGGUCAGUACCUGCAGGGCGGCGCCUGCGUGGCCUCCUGUGCGAGCACUCACUUCCAGAGCGGGACCAGCUGCCUGCCCUGCAGCAGCAACUGUGCCACGUGCGCCACCAGUGCCGGCAAUUGCACCUCCUGCCCAUCCGGUCAGCUGCUGGAGGCCGGCCAGUGUGUGUCGGCCUGUUCAAGUACCCACUUCGCAAGUGGCACCAGCUGCCUGCUCUGCAGCAGCGCCUGCAAGACCUGCGCCGGCAGCGCCACUGCCUGCACCGCCUGCCCGACUGACCGGUACCUGCAGGGCAGCGCCUGUGUGUCGGCCUGCGCCAGCACCCACUUCGUGAGCGGGGCCAACUGCCUGCCCUGCAGCAGCGCCUGCAAGACCUGCAGCGGCAGCGCCGGCAACUGCACUUCCUGCCCCUCCGGCCAGUACCUGCAGGGCGGCGCCUGUGUGUCCGACUGCGCCGACGGCCAGUUCUCCAAUGGAACGGCCUGUACCUGCAGCGGCAGCGCCGGCAACUGCACCGCCUGCCCGGCCGGCCAGCUGCUGGAGGUGGCCCGGUGUGUGGCCGCCUGCUCCGGGGGCUUCUUCCCGAGCGAGGGCCAAUGCCUGCCCUGUGACUUGGCCCACUGCGCCACCUGCGCCACCGGGCGGCAGACCUGCACCGGCUGCCCGGCCGGCCGGCUCCUGCAGGGGACCACCUGCGUGGCCUCCUGCUCCGCCGGGUACUUUGCCGGCGCCAGUGGCCGGGACUGCCUGCCAUGCGACGACACGUGCGGCCAGUGUGCCGGGCCCGGGGCCGCCGAGUGCACCUCCUGCCGGGCGCCCCUGCUGCUGAAGGCCGGCCAAUGUGUCGGGGCCUGCUCCGACGGGUUCUUCCCCAGUGCCGGGCACUGCCUGGCGUGCGACGCCUCGUGCGCCACCUGCGCCGGGCCGUCGGCCGCCAGCUGCCUGGCCUGCCCGGCUGGCCGGGUCCUCCACGGGGGCCAGUGCCUGGACGCCUGCCCGGCCGGCUGGAACCCCGGCACCGGGCCCCAUGCCGGGCAGUGUGUCGCCUGCGCCGGGUCCUGCGCCACCUGUGUCGGGCCGACGUCCGAAGAUUGCACCGACUGCCCGGCCGGGCGGCUGCUGGUGCCGGCCGCCGAGGGGGCCCUCGCCGGCCGGUGUGCCCCCUGCCGGGCCCCCUGCCGGACGUGCGCCACCACGGUGGACCACUGCACCGGCUGCCCGGACGGCUAUGCGCUCUUCUUCGGGGCCUGCAUGGCCGCCUGCCCGGGGGGCUAUGUGCCCAGCGCGCCGGACCCGGCCACCGGCCAGCGCACAUGCAUGGCCUGCCAUGAGACCUGCCUGACUUGCGAUGGGCCCGGGGCCCGGGAGUGUACCUCCUGCGCCACGGGCCAGUGGCUGGACCGGGCCACCGGCACCUGCCGGCCGUGUGCCGCCAAUUGCCGGACUUGCGAAACGGCCAGCCAGUGCUCCAGCUGCCAGGCCGGCCGGCUGGCCCUCGGCGGGGCCUGCCUCGAUGCCUGCCCGGCCGCCGGGUACUACACGGCCGGAAGCGAAUGCCGGCCCUGCCACCCGAGCUGCGGCCAGUGCUCCGGGCCCGGGGCCAGUGAGUGCACCAGCUGCCAGCAGCCCGGCACCGAGCUGCUCCAGGGCCGGUGCGACUUCCGCUGCCCGGAGGCCCGGCAAUUCCGCCACCCGGAGACCGGCCAGUGCCAGGCUUGCGAUGCGGCCUGCGGCCGGUGCAUCGGCCCGACCGAUCACGACUGCUGGGACUGCUCCGGCGGCCGGCUCCUGGAGGAGGGCACCUGCCGGGCCGAUUGCUCGGUCGGCUUCUACCUGGCCCCGGGCACCGGGGUGUGCCAGCGCUGCUCGCUCGACGGGUGUGAGAUGUGCUCCGGGCCGAAUAGCUGCCAGCGCUGCCGGGCCGGGCUCCGGCUCAUGGCCGGCCGGUGUGAGCUGGUGUGCGGGCUGGGCUUCCGGCCGGACGAGGGGACCCGCACGUGUGUCCCCUGCCCGGCCAACUGCCGGGACUGCUCCGACACCGACGCCGGGGCCUGCACCCGGUGCAAUGUGUCCUUCUUCCGGGCCCCGGCCGCCAUGGCCGGCGGUCAGGAGGUGUGCCUGCGGGGCUGCCCGGCCGGGCACUUCGCCUCGCCCUUCACCCUCCAGUGUGAGCCCUGCGCCGAGGGGUGCGCCGUGUGCUCCGGGCCGAACCCCGGCGAUUGCUUCGAGUGCCAGGCCGGCCUGCUGCGCAUGUCGGACGGCGUGCGGGCCGGCUGCGUGGCCGCCUGCCCGGCGGCCAGCUUUGCCUUCGGCACCGAGUGCUUCGCCUGCCACGCGGACUGCGCCCAGUGCGGCGCCUUCGCCCAGUGCACCUCCUGCGCCGGGGCCCGGUGGCUGCAGCAUGGCCGGUGCGUGGACCGCUGUUCCGAGGGGUGGGUCGGCCUGGCGGCCGGGGCCCCUGCCGCCACGGCCACGGCCACGGCCACGGCCACGGCCGACGGCGGCGGCGGCGGCGGCGGCACGUGCGUCUCCUGCCUGAGUGGAUGCCGCGCAUGCGCCGGCAGCCCCAGCACCUGCACCGUCUGCCUGGGGGAUGGGCUCCUCCAUCGGGGGGCCUGUGUGGCCACCUGCCCGGAGGGGUCCUUCCAGGAGCACAGCCCCAGCCGGUGCACCGACUGCGCGGCCGGCUGCACGGCCUGCCUCGGCCCUGGGGCCCAGUGCACCCGAUGCGCCGAGGGGCUGUACCUGCAGGAGGGCAUGUGCGUGGCCACCUGCCGCGAGGGGCUCUUCCCCGUGCUGGACCGCCACCCGGGGGAUGGCCCCUCGUCGGUGGCCGGCCCGGGCCCGAGCGGCUCCGGCUCCGGCUCCGGCCCCGGGGCCGAUGGGCUGCUGGUGUGCCGGGCCUGCCCGGCCGGCUGCCGGGCAUGCGCCUGCGAUGACCCCGGCACCUGUUGCUUGUCCUGCCCGGCCGGUCGGCUGCUGCUGGAUGGCACCUGUCUGUCGGCCUGCCCGUCGACCGGCUUCUGGACCGACGCCAAGCGCGGCGAGUGCCACGCCUGCGGGCCCCAGUGCGAGCGCUGCGAGCCGUCGCCCUCGGCGGCCGGGGACAAGCUCGCCUGCUCUCGGUGCGCCUCGGGCUUCCUCGUGCUGCCGGCCUCGGGCCAGUGUGUCGGCGCCUGCCCGACCGGGACCUUUGCCGACCUGAGCACCGACUCCUGCUCCGGCUGUCAUGAGCACUGCGUCGCUUGCACCGGGCCGCUGGUCAGCGAUUGUACCCUCCUCUCGGAGGAGGGCGAGCGCGCCGCCCGCGGCCGCUCCACCACCCUUGCCCUGGCCGUGACCAUCCCCCUGGUUCUGAUCAUCCUGAUUGCGAUUGUCCUGCUGCUUGUGUGCCUCCGACGCCGGGCCUCGGCCAAGGGCGCUCCCGCGGCGGUCGACGACCUGGACAAGACCGUCCUCAACACCGCCAUCGAAAUCGCCCUGCCCGGAUUCCUGCUCCUGACGCCGGAUGUGGACCUGCGCCUCGGCGACCACGUCGGCAAGGGCGGCCAGGGAAGCAUCGUCCAGGCGACCCUCCUCCGGCCGGACCUGGUCGCCUCGCUUGGCACCGACAAGCUGGCCGUCAAGCUGGUUCUCCAUGACGCCCCAAGCAUGCGCUCGCUCUUUGAAAGCGAGAUUUCCAUCAUGUGGGCUCUCAAUGGCGCCCCGAACGUCGUGCAGCUGGUUGGCUAUGCCAACGCCCCGCAAAUGAUCGCCAUGCGCCUCUAUGACACCUGUCUCAAGGAGCUCCUCAGAGCCGAGAUCCCCCUGUCCCCGGAGCAGCAGCUGGCCAUCGCAACUGGCAUUGCUGCUGGCCUGGCGGCCAUCCACCAGCGGAACAUCGGCCACCGCGACAUCAAGCCCGGCAAUGUCAUGAUGUCCCUCGACCCGGGCACCGGCCUCUGGACCCCGUAUGUGGGCGAUUUCGGCGUGUCCAUGCCUCUGGACCAGCAGAGCUCGGUCCUCCUGGCGCAGGAGCACUUCAAUGCCUUUUCCGCGGCCUUUGCCUCGCCCGAGAUCUGGAUCGCCAGUCAGGCCCACUCGGUGCUUGCCACCGAGGUCCUCCUCCCGUCGGAUGUCUAUGCCUUUACGGUGCUGUUGUGGUCGCUCUUCACCAAGGCCGUUCCAUGGGAGACCGAGCCGCAAGGCACCAUCGCCAGCCACAUCAUCGCCGGCCAGCGCCCGUGUAUCAGCACCCUGGAGGGCAGCCUCCAGAGUGCGGGAUUCUCGGUCGCCGCCAUCACCGAGCUGGUGGCUCUCAUGUCGGCUGGCUGGAGCCAGGAUCCCCUGGACCGGCCCACGGCCGAGGAGAUGCGCCUUGCCCUGGCGGCCAUGCAGCCGUGAGGGCCUGACUUCCGCCCUCCGGGUUCCCCCCCCCCCCUCCGGCACUCGGCCGUGAGGCUCGAGACAGGGCGGGGUCCGGGCACGGGAGGACGGCUGGCUCUCUCCCCUCGCCGGGAUCGGCCAGCACACCAGCGCACUUGAGCCGCCCCCUCACCCGCCCCCCCGCGGG